AUGGCAUCCCAACCUAAAAGAGCACCCAAUUUCCAAGCAGUUCCCUCCAUAAUCGUCGUUGUCUUUGUUAUCAUCCUAAUUCCAUUUGUCUCUUCAUCUAAUUCCGCCGUUGCUCGUGCUUCUCCCGCAACUAAUACAGUUGCAAAACAAAGCGAAGCAGUCGCUCUCUUAAAGUGGAAAGCUAGCCUUGACAAUCAAAGCCAAUCUCUCCUUUCAUCAUGGAAUGAAACUAGUCAUUGCACUUGGGAAGGAAUUGGUUGCAACGACGCCAGUAAAGUAACCAAUUUAACCCUUGACAGUAUUGGUUUGAGAGGUACGCUUUCUGCUCUUAACUUCUCUUCGUUACCACAUCUAGUGAAACUUGAUCUGUCCAACAACUUUAUAUAUGGGACCAUUCCCUCUCAGAUUGGUAGCCUUUCCAGACUCGCAUCUCUUAAUGCGUCCAUCAAUCAUCUUUCGGGAACAAUUCCGACAAAUAUUGGGAUGCUAAGAUCGCUCGUUGAACUUGAUUUGUCAACGAAUAACCUCACGGGAUCAAUCCCCGCAUCAAUAGAGAACUUGAGAAACCUCACAAGAUUGAUCCUUUACGAGAACUCUCUCUCUGGAUCUAUCCCUCAAGAAGUAGGAUUGCUAAGAUCUCUCACUGAUCUUGAAUUGUCAGCGAAUAACCUCAUGGGAUCAAUCCCCGCUUCAAUAGGGAACUUGACAAACCUGACAGCGUUGGCCCUUUACGAGAACUCUCUCUCUGGAUCUAUCCCUCAAGAAGUAGGAUUGCUAAGAUCUCUCACUGGCGUUUCAUUUUACAAGAAUAAUCUCACGGGAUCAAUCCCCACUUCAAUAGGGAACUUGACAAACCUCACAGUGUUGUACCUUUACGAGAACUCUCUCUCUGGUUCUAUCCCUCAAGAAGUAGGAUUGCUAAGAUCUCUCACUGAGCUUUCAUUGUCAACGAAUAAUCUCACGGGAUCAAUCCCCACUUCAAUAGGGAACUUGACAAACCUCACAGUGUUGGACCUUUACGAGAACUCUCUCUCUGGUUCUAUCCCUCAAGAAGUAGGAUUGCUAAGAUCUCUCACUCUUGUUACAUUGUCAACGAAUAAUCUCACGGGAUCAAUCCCCACUUCAAUAGGGAACUUGACAAACCUCACAGUGUUGUACCUUUACGAGAACUCUCUCUCUGGUUCUAUCCCUCAAGAAGUAGGAUUGCUAAGAUCUCUCACUGAGCUUUCAUUGUACAAGAAUAACCUUACGGGAUCAAUCUCCACUUCAAUAGGGAACUUGACAAACCUCACACUGUUGUACCUUCACAGGAACUCU